GAGAUGUAGUUUUAUGUUCUGUGCCAAAGCAGGCAAUACCACGGAUGAGAAAACAAAGGGACGUCAGAUUGCCUCUGCCGCCACGCUGUGCGCUUCUGCUCUCUCCAGUCUCUCAACCUCCCCCCCGGCGGCCUGCUCUGUGAAUCCUCACUGAAGGGGUGAAGACCUUCGUGCUGUUACUCUUCCUUGAGUGGCCUAUACAUUGAUAAUUUGCAACUUCCAAAGUUUAGCUAUGUCUACUGUCAAGAUCUACGUUGUGUACUACUCGUUGUACAGGCAUGUGGAGACUAUGGCACGAGAAGUGCAGCGGGGAGCAAAUGCAGUUGAAGAUGUUGAAGCAACCCUCUGGCAGGUGCCGGAGACACUGUCCGAUGUAAUACUGCAAAAGAUGAGGGCCCCUGCUAAAGCGAAUGAUGUGGCAGAAAUAAGUCCCGAGCAACUUCUAGAGGCUGAUGGUUUUAUCUUUGGGUUUCCUUCUCGGUUCGGUGUUAUGGCGGCCCAAUUUAAGGCCUUCUUCGAUGCGACUCAUCACAUAUGUGAGACCCAGGCACUUGCAGGUAAGCCUGCCGGAAUCUUCUGGAGCACGGGCUUUCAUGGAGGAGGCCAGGAGCUUACCGCAUUAACUGCAGUAACACAGUUAGCGCACCAUGGGAUGCUAUUUGUGCCGCUUGGGUACACAUUCGGGAGCGGGAUGUUUGAGAUGAAUGAGGUGAAAGGCGGGUCUUCUUAUGGUGCAGGAACUUUUGCAGCUGAUGGGUCUCGGGAGCCCACAGAGCUCGAACUGAAACAGGCUUUUCACCAGGGUAAGUACGUCGCCGAGAUCGCAAGAAAACUCAAGAGCCCCUUGUAAGAUGUAAAUGUGGAUUGCUGUAAAUAAUACACCUCUCCGUCCGGAGAUACCAAUGUUCGAACUCUGGUUGGAUCCAAUGUGCAUCAAAUGUUUUAGGAAGUGCAGAAUGGAAAAUAUAACCCAAUUUACAAUUUCAGUCC